AUGGCUCCAACACCUUCUGCUGAGUCACCACCGAGCCCCCUUGCCGACUUCUUCUGGAUUGCCGGUGUCGAUGGGCCGGAGAUCUUGGACAUUUUCUCAAAACUAGGGGAGGAGUACCAUGCCAACCAUACUCAAUCAAUGCCGGUGACGGAUACAAUUCAGGAAGAUGCGGAUGCAGAGGAGGCUGCCCACCCGCGCUCUGGGCCCUCUCAACCGUCCUCGAAGCGGAAUUCUUACCAAUUGCUACCAAAACCAUCCGACGAGACGAGGUUGUCCUAUCGAUCGAUGGGAUCAGCGGAGACACCAAGCAAUCGGAGCAGCAUGACUAUCAAGGGCUCCCAGUCGCCGAAUGGACUGUCGUUUCUGAGCGACGGUGACUUUGAUAAAGCGUUGAUAAAGUUUGCUGCUGAGAGGGACUCAUUUUUGUCUGACCUGUCACUCAGUGCUGGUGCCGUGGUGUCCAGUAACCGGCCAAAACCACGACCUAAGACACAGAAGAUUGUGGCAGAGGAGGUCAAUCCACUGAAGUCGAGCAUUGGUAGUGUUCGGAGACAUAUGUCCUUUAGAGACAUGAACAGCAUGAAAAGACAGCCAUCUCUUGCACGUCAAGCUUCUAUUCGGACCUCUAGGCGGUUGAGUAAUUACAACUCAGUAAUCCCAGUACCUCAACCGCUCGAUGUAUCUCCUAAUAUGCACCCACUGAAGCGGAAAUUCGAACCCGUCCUUCUCGACAGAUACCCGCCGAAAGGAGUUAUAGAUGAGACUAAACAGAGAGGAAAUUUCCCAGAUUACGUUCCAAUGUUCGCAUUCCCUAACGAUAUCAAUAUCGUGUCCUCUGAUCAGAGACCUCGCUCCACUUGGCACGGAUUCGCAAUGACGUCUGGAGAUGGAUCGAAGCUAUAUGGCGUCUGUGUGACGAUUUGGAUUCCCCUCCACCACAAAACUGCUGAGGAACUGGAAAAACGGUGUGAGGAAUGGAGGCGAGAUAACAUGACGGACGAGGAGCGGGAGUUAGCUGCCAGUCUCGGCGAACGACUCGCCUUGGAACGAGCGAAGCUAUCCAGGCUACUUUCUCAACUACCUUCGGUCCCUUCAGGUUCCGCCUCUAGAGAUCAGCUUGAAGAUGAUAUAAGUUCGGUGGAGGAAAAGAUUGGACUUAUGGCUGACCUCCUCCGCCCAGUUCGACUGGGUGCUGCGACCAAAAUCGACGGUCUUACGGAUGGGGAUACAGGAUUUUGGAUUCCAAGAGCAUACGGGAUUUUAGGAAAGGAUGGAUCAAUGACCAGUUUCUGGAAAGAAUGGUUGCGGGCCGUCGUCGUUCCCAUGACUGACGGUGCUGUCCAACGGGUCCCCGCUAGCUCCCCUAGGGUAGGCAGAUGGCAGCCCUUAGAGCGUUAUGUUGUGAACCUCUGCACCGAAGCUUUUAGCCCGUUAUUUUCCAAAACUCAAGUUGAGAUAUCAGUGCGGGAGCUGCGCCUUUUUGCCCGAAAGGAAGCAAUCAAUGAAUUACCUGGCUCUCGAAAUACUGAUUUGUAUGCACUCUUUCGCGCACUUUCAAUCUCGAAUAUAAUCAUAUUGUUUGAAUACGUCCUUGCUGAAUCCCGUAUUAUUCUUCUAUCAUCUCAUGCGGCCAUGUUGUAUCUGGCUAGCAAAGCUCUCGUUGAUCUUCUAUUUCCAUUCCAAUGGACAGGCGUAUUUAUCCCUAUCCUUCCUGCUCGGCUUAUCCAAGCACUUGAAGCACCUUGUCCGUAUAUUGUGGGGAUUGAGCGGAGGUAUGACAAGGCGGAGCUUCCUUCCGAUGACUUCGUUCUCGUAGACCUCGACCAAAAUGAGAUUGAAAGCACAGCACGACCUACGCCAUUACCUCGCCAUCAUCGCCGUAAACUACAGUCACUCCUUCAAUUGGCUGCACCUCUCCAUCAUAGAUAUGGGGUCCAUCCUGGGGCCCCGGCCUAUGCAAUUGAAACCUAUCCAUUCGACUCCUUCCCUGGCGAAAACCAAUCGAUAUUUUCGCCCAGGGCGCCACCUACUCAACUCUCCAAAUAUGUCAGCGUCAAUUCCACCGCGUUCGGCCAGGAUCCCUCCACCUCCCCAGCCCCACCAAUUUUUAAUGUCUUUCUAAACUCCCGGAAUGAUGUUGCCUUUUCUAGGGGUUAUGACCGCCCAACAACAGGUGUGACAUCGAAGGCUGGCACUCCGCCCUCCCCGAAAGCUUCAGGCGAUUCUUCUCCGACCUCGAGUAAAUUUCCACCCCUACCUCCCACACCCAUAUCUCGCAACGAUUCAGGAUUUGCCCUUCAAUCAUCGUUGCGGGAGAAAAGGUCCGGCCAUUUCGAUGCCUCUUCCCGCAGAAGUUCAUCCUUCGGUGACAGAAAGCAUGGAAUACCCAGGCGACCUAGCGCUCCAUUCCUCAGCCAUGUCUCUAAUUUAUCUGUAUCGACCGUAAAUACUGACACCGGAACAUCUGUUUACGCACCAUCCAUCUAUGCCCAAUCUACUGUGGCCGCGUCGACUAUCAUGCCGAACUCGUCCCAACAACCCCUACGUAACCCUGUGGGCACCACUCUGAUAGAGGGACACAGUCUUCAACUGCAGCAAUGGGAUGCCAACAAAGUUCCCUGUUCAAUAUGUGACGAGAAGGCUGAGGAAGGCAUGUACAAGUGUUCAGGUUGUGCCACAAUUGUCCACACUCGUUGUGCUUCCCUGAUCACUCUCGUAUGCCCAGUUGCGUUCAGCGCUGAACAGGUCCGUGCCGCAUUUGUUCGGUGCUUCGCCAGUCUACUAUACACGUAUAAGAAGUUUCUCAGGCCUGCAACUGGAGAUAAGAAAAAGGCUGGUAUGCAUUACACUUUCAACAUGGAUGCAUUUCUCAAAAGUUUGCCACAUGAACACGCGGAAUACAUGACUAUACUGCAACAAACACAGGGGUUUAACGAGUUUAUCCGCGAGCGGGAACAGUCAUCUCUUUCAUCUAGAGAUCCCCGAAUUACACUUUUCGAUGAGAUUAUACUAUCAAAGCGCAACCGCGGUCGGACAUCGAUCUUCUCGGGUCGCAUGACAACCAACUUUUUAUCGGAUACGUCGGAUCAUCUCUGGCGCUCAGCAAGCGCAACAUCUAUACCCAGUAGCCGGCAUCAGACCAACCACUCAAAUGACUGGAAAACCACUGUUGCAAGAGCUCCUGCCAAGUUGGACCCGAACUACAUGAAAGAGCCGCGCAUGAUUCAAGGAGCGCCUCGAAUCUCUAAAACCACAAAUAACGCGAGGAGAAAGCCGGUCCCUAGGCUUCCAAAUGACAACGGUGGUUCGCCGCCCUAGUUCAAGGACGACAACUUUUAAGAGCGACCGGCCGUUUUGUGCAUUUAUUCAUUUAUUUUGCGAUCCUCUUCAGUUUUCUAUUUCCCCUAUUAUCCCUCAUUCGUCGCUUU